AUGCCAUCUAUUGCUGUUGAAAUAAUAGCAUAUAUUCACUAUUACUUUAUUAUGUCAUCUCAAUUAUGUCGGUUAAUAGCUUGUAUUAAAACGCAACAAUUUUCAAGCGAAAAAACUGAAGUUCAUGUGAAGAAGGAUUCAAAUGGAACAACAACAACAAUAUUAUCUACCAACAUUCAGUGGUACUGGAAAAGUAGGCGAGAUCCAUGGACAUCUAUUGAUGUUAAUGAAUGGAAACCAUAUUCAGAUGAUCAAAAUCGAAUCAUCGAAAAAGCUUUUCGAAACAAUGCCGAAUAUGUAAAUCUUAAAGAGCCUGAUUAUAUUAUUGAUUUAAAACGUUUAAUUCAAAUGAAUGCUCGUGAUAGUACAAAACAACGACCGAUCAAACGUGUAAAUUUAGAAGAUCAAUCACAUCCUACUAAUUAA